GCAGGGUAGUGUUUUGCAUUGCGAAAUCCGUUUCCCAUGGGGCGGCUACCAAAUUUGAGUUGAGAUAUAUAAAGUUUUAUUUUUAAAAAGUGAAGAGUUAUUAAAACUAGAUUAAGAAAACUUUGUAUCUUUCAAAAAUUGUGUAGAGCAAGUAGACAGACCACAGUGAGAAAGAAAAGAUUGAUUUAUCCGACAGCACAAUUUCAGUUUAAAAGGAAGAUACGAUUAUAAGGCCGACAAUGAUGAGCACAUUUUGUUGGCUGUCGCUUCUAAUAUGGAUGGCAAAUGGUUCAUGGGCUCAACGUUCUCCAUACUCUUUGCAAGCAGCUGUGGAUGAGUUACACCAUCGCGAGGCUGCUAAAUAUCCCCUUAACGCACCGCCUACACAGCAACAUUUCUUCGGCAGCGCAAUGGGCAGUGCUUCUGAACAGGAUUACUGGGAUGAAGAUAUCGAUUCCCCAGCAAACACCUACAACAAAAACCGUAACCGUCAUAGAGUAAACAAUCUGCUAGCCAAGUAUUUGGAACGUGAGAAUUAUGAUGCCGAUCAUGGUGGAUUGUCCUUAGGACCAUUUGGUGGCUACGAAUUUGAUGAGGAUAAUAAUAACUUUCCUAACUAUCCCGAAGAAACCAAACGUUCGUCAUACUUUAGAGAACGUGACAAUAAGUAUGAUUCAGGACCCGUAUCAGUAUUUCGAGAGCGUGAUGCUCAAGUAUCUAAUGGACCAGAACAUGCAGAGCUUACUGAACAGUUCUUACGAGAAAUUGAGGAGACACAAGAACAUGAACGAGAGGAGCGCUAUAAGGAAGCUUUACGCCACCUUUGGGAAAAAUACCAACAACAAGAAAAUGAUAUUGAAGGCGAUUUGUUUGAGGAAAAGAAACGAAUUAGGACUCCCCCAUACUACAUGUUAAUGCAGAAAAAACGAUCAUAUCCAGUACUUCCUUGGCUGCCAUACUCGGAGCAAAAAAAACGUUUUCCAGUCGCUAAGCGCUCUACUAAACGUUCACUUCCUAAUGAAGAAGCACAAUUUGGUAAAACGGACGAAAAAGUUGCACAAGAAUUAAGUGAGUUAUUUGGUACAUCGGAUGAUGAAAAGAAGAAGCGCUCCAUUAAUCAGGAAAAUAAAGUGUCCACUACAAAUAUACCCAACACUUCUGCUCCAAAUGAUAUGCAUUUAGAAACACCAAUGAGGAAAAAUAAUUUGACUGAAGAAAGUGCUAGAGUUGUACCACAGGCAACAGCAGUUAGCUCACAACAUAGCCAUCAACAUGGUCAUGCUGGUUAUCAUGGUCACACUCAUACUGACCAUAAGCACAAAAAACGUAGCCAUUCACCAGAUAGUCAUGAAGAACCCGAAGAUUCGGAAGAACAUGAUGAUGAACAUGAGGAGGAGGAAGAGGAAGAAGAACAUGAAGAUUUCGAAGAAGAAGAGGAAGAAGAACGUAAAAAGAAAAGAGAUCUCACAGCUAUGAAGAAGAAAAGAACUGUAGGUGAAGUUUUGCAACAGCGACAGAUCCUUCCAGAUGAUUUAACCAACUUACGUAAAAAGAAGUCAAUACAAUGGUCAAAGUAUUUUGGACUUGAUAGAAAAAAGAAAGCUGUAAAGAGGGAAAAUAAAUUGGAAAUAAACGAUGAUGAACUCAAUGCGGAAGAAAAAAAGAAACGAGACCUCGAUAUUGAUAAAUUAGACAACAUGGAUAGAAAACUACAAUCAAUUGAAGACUUUAUUAUUGAUGAGACUAUUAAAUACACCGGUGCACAUGAAGGAAUAGCUAAUCCGGAAGAAAUUCGUCGGCUUAAAGAUCACGUACUUUCACGUCUAGCUACUGCAUAUAGUCUAGAAAAAAUGCGUAGAGCUUUAGAAAAAUUGCGUCAAUCUGUUGAUAAUGAAAAUCACUUGUUGCGAAAUGUCAUAGAUCCAGAAAAAAGAAAUGAAGACAUUGAAAACCAAAUCGAUAACGAAAAACGCUUAUCUAUAAAAAAGGAGAAAGCUCCCGAAAUAGAGAACCCACAUGGUUCGUUAAGUGAUGAAAAAAUCAAGGAGCUUAACUCUAUUGUGAUGAUUAAUGGGAAUAAAGCUCAUGGAAGAAAUGUUGUUGAUGAUAUGGAUGGAGAUAUGGAAGAAAUGAGGAAAAAGAAAAAGCGCAAUGGUUACUUACGUUAUCCUGAAUUACCAAAUGGAAUUAAUGGAUUUGAUGUAGGAAUGGGUGGAGCACGUUACGAGUCAUUAAACGAUGCUUAUUUAGGAAAUAAAAAUUAUAUUUUUGGCUCAAAUCAGUGUCCAUUAAUCGAGUCGAUGGCUGAACGGUGUCGUGGGGUUGAUUUAUUAAGUGGAGAUAUUAAUCAAGAGCUUCUACCCAUAUGUGGCGUCCACCAAAUAUGUUAUUUAUGCGGUACCUCCCAAGUGGCUUGCGAUUAUCAGUAUUUAGCGGAAGCUGAGAGCAUUUGCGGCGCAAAUAAUGAUUGCGAAGCUGCAGCUCGUUCUGUUUUGAUGAUAUUGCGAGGAUCUUCGGUGCCUCAGUUGGGUCCAAAAGAAUGUCUUAAAAAUCCAUGCUUGUAUAGUGCGAUGCGCGAAAUCGGGCUUUAAAGAUCUGAAAGAAGUUAUGUACAAAUGAAAAGCCUAUUGUUUAUAAAUAUUAGAAACGAACACACAAAGUGAAUUGCAAAAUGAAGUUAAUAAAUUGUAUAACAAAUCUAUAUUAUUCCAUAUAAAUGCAAAUAUAUAUAUAUAUACAUAUAUAUUAAAAAUGAACGGAUUUCUGUUUAAUAGAACUUAAAAUACUAAUUUACAAACUAAAUCAAAAUAUUUGAAAUAUAUUUUAUUUUAGAGAAAUUUUACACACUAAACAUUAAAGCUAAAAUCAAAUAAAAUAAAAAAUAUUCGUAAUAUGAAAAAUUGAUGUGUAACCACUAAAGUGGAUAGGAAUCAAAGAGAACAGAAAAUGUAAAGAACUCUAUAUUAUAAUAUAUAAAAUAUAAAAUAUAAUAACCAUAUUUAAAGUUAUAUUGCAUAUAUAGUAUUGAGUGUAAUUUGAAAUUUUAAUAAAUGUUUAUAUGUUUCGUAAACUUAACCACUGAAUUUAAGAAGCAUUCCAUAUAAUCAUAUAAUGUAUAACCAUCUAUAUGUUUAAAUGUAAGCACAUAUAUAUUAUAGACCUAGACACUUAGAUAACAUAUAUAAAAGAUAUAUAACUUAUGUAAUUGAACAAAACAAACUUAUUAUUAUAUAUGGUAUGUGUUGUAUUCACUAAUUUUCAUUUUAAAUUUCAAAUGCAAGAAAUAAGUAUUUGAUCAAGAAAACAUAUGGCAGCUACAAAAUGGUUUUAUUAUAUUGAAUAUUUGGCACGUUAAAUGCUUAUGUAGUUUACAAAGGAGCGACAGGAUCUAGUCUCGACGCUCAUGCCACACAGAAUGCAUACGAAGCACAGUCCAGGCAUUUGUAACCCAGAGUAGAUCUACAUAUAUAAUCCCCAUAUUUAGAGCAUUCAUCAACUUAUAUAAGCAUUAAUUGUAAUAUUUUGUCCAAAUUCAUAUAAUAGAACUCCAUUAGAAGUACACGCAUGAGCAGAUAUUAGAGUAUUAAAUAACUCAUACAUUUAUAGUAAGUAAAGCAUAUAAUAAAUCUAAAUCACAUGUUCUCAAUACGUUUUUGCUCCGUGCAGAUACGCAUAAAUUUAUUUAUAAUAAUCAAAGUGUUUAUAAAACAAAUAUGUAUGUAAUUUUA